UUCUCUCUCCCUCUCAAACACUCUCUCUCUCUCAAUCUUUCAUUUGCGUACUUCAAGAUCGUAGUUUGAGCUCUAGCAGCAAUGGAGUCAGCUACGCUAUCCCAGAUCGGUCUAGCGGGUCUGGCGGUCAUGGGCCAAAACCUAGCCCUGAACAUCGCCGAGAAAGGUUUUCCGAUCUCCGUCUACAACCGGACCACCUCCAAAGUCGACGAGACUCUAGAUCGCGCCCACCGAGAAGGGCAGCUUCCUCUUUCCGGGCACUACACGCCUAAAGAUUUCGUCCUCUCAAUCAAGAAGCCCCGCUCCAUCAUCAUCUUGGUCAAAGCCGGCGCCCCCGUCGACCAAACCAUCGCCGCCCUCUCCGCCUAUAUGGAGCCUGGAGACACUAUAAUUGAUGGAGGCAAUGAGUGGUAUGAGAACACGGAGCGCCGCAUGGUCGACGCCUCAGCUAGUGGUUUGCUCUACUUGGGAAUGGGGGUUUCUGGGGGGGAAGAUGGGGCGAGAAAUGGGCCAUCUUUGAUGCCUGGUGGGUCACAUAGGGCUUACUUGAACAUCCAUAAUAUACUUGAGAAGGUCGCCGCUCAGGUGGAUGAUGGGCCUUGUGUGACUUAUAUUGGUGAAGGGGGUUCCGGGAAUUUUGUUAAGAUGGUGCAUAAUGGGAUUGAGUAUGGAGAUAUGCAGCUGAUUUCUGAGGCGUAUGAUGUGCUGAAGAAUGUCGGAGGAUUGGGCAACGAAGAGUUAGCGGAGAUUUUUGGGGAGUGGAAUCGCGGGGAGCUGGAGAGCUUCUUGAUUGAGAUUACAUCUGAUAUCUUUAAGGUGGAGGAUGAGGAGACUGGUAAUGGACAUUUGGUAGAUAAGAUUUUGGACAAAACUGGGAUGAAGGGCACUGGGAAGUGGACUGUGCAGCAGGCGGCUGAGCUGUCCAUUGCUGCUCCUACAAUUGCAGCUUCAUUGGAUUGUAGGUAUAUGAGUGGGUUGAAGGAAGAGAGGGAAGCGGCAGCAGAGAUUUUCAAGGAGGAGGGAUUGAAGGAGGACAUUAAUAAUGUGGGGGCAGUGGAUAAGAAGAGGUUGAUUGAUGAUGUUAGGCAGGCCCUUUAUGCGUCCAAAAUUUGUAGUUAUGCUCAAGGGAUGAAUCUGUUGAGGGCCAAGAGCAUGGAGAAGGUAUGGGGAUUGAAUUUGGGGGAGUUGGCCAGAAUUUGGAAAGGUGGGUGCAUUAUUAGAGCUGUAUUCUUGGACAGAAUCAAGCAAGCGUACCAGAGGAAUCCGGGCUUGGCCAACUUGUUGGUGGACCCAGAAUUUGCUAAGGAGAUGGUGCAGAGACAAGCGGCCUGGAGGAGGGUUGUGGGCUUGGCGAUUCAGAAGGGUAUUAGUGUUCCUGGAAUGUCGGCAAGUUUGCAGUAUUUUGAUACCUAUAGGCGAGGGAGGCUUCCAGCCAACCUUGUGCAGGCUCAGAGAGAUUACUUUGGGGCACAUACCUACGAGAGGAUUGAUCGCCCAGGAUCAUACCACACCGAGUGGUCCAAGCUUGCUCGGAAAGCCCGAGUAUAGUUCAAAUCGUUAGCCUGAGGUUUGAUCUGUGUACCUCGGUUAUUGAUAUUGUUUUUUCAUGGGUUCUUGAGGCAAUGAGCUCUUGAACUUGAGUUGUAUCCACUAAUGAGGAUUUUCUUGCUCUGAAAAAUAUUUGUAGCCUCUGCAUUGUUGUGUAUGCAGCUAAUAAGUGAACACAUAUUUCUUUUCCAAUAA